CCAAAGUGAAGAUUAUGGACAGUCAGCUAUUCAUCUUCUUCUUCUUUGCCUUGUUUACAUUUUUUUAUGGCUCGCAAUGUGAAAGAGUCUACAAAAUCAUUAAAAAAGGAAGUUUUGUACUUGGAGGAACCAUGACUCUUCAAACUGAAGAAAUACCCAGCAUGGAGCGACCUGUUACCUGGAAAAAUGUGAAUAAAAGCUUUGAAUGUGAUAGAACAUGUUAUAAAUCUGGCAGAGUAGAAGUUCAGCAGAGUGGUAAUACAUCCACUAUUUUGUUAAAAUAUAUAUCACAGGCAGAUGUGGACUGGAUUUUCCGCGACAAGAAAUAUCGCUAUGCAAGGGUUUCUUUUAAGGAAGAAGGUUGGCAAUGUAAAAAAGAGUACAAAAUAGGUAUUUUGAAAGGAAACCCUGUGCUCGGACAAAGUAUCGAUCUUGAGGUUAAAGAUAUGCCCUAUAUGGAAAGGCCUGUGGUCUGGAGAAAUAGGGUCCGUAGUAUCGAGUGCAAUAAGAAAUAUUGCGAUCGUGGCAAAUAUGUAGUUAGGCAGAUUCAUAGAACUUCUACUCUCUACAUCGAGAAUAUAACGAGAGGGGAUUUGUUUUGGAGAUUCUAUGACAAGAACUCCUGUAAUGCAACUAUUACUCUUGGGAAAGAAGAUAAUGAAACAACAAAAGAUUCUAAAGUUGCGACAUCAGAAAGUAACAGCAAUAUCAAGCGUGUGGCAAAGAGCCUUUGUAUAGGCGUCUUUGCUGGAUUCACCCUUUUUGCACUCAUCACAAUUAACCUAUGGAGAAUGUAGAAAAAAUUGGUAUAGCAUGCAAGAAAGGAUUGGUUGGUGCUUUUUCUUUUGUGCCCCAUAAUUUGCACGAUGGCAUCAAAUCCCUAAAACCUGAGAAAAGCGACUCCAAGAACUUGAAAAAAAAUUACAAGUCAAAAAGUACAACGGCCCCCAACUGUAGAACUUGCAUCUUACUCUUUGAGGGCUCAACAUACAAAUUUAAGUCAAGUCAAACUUUUACCAUAAUGUGCUUUGAAGAACUUAAUCUAUGUUCUCAAAUGUGGAGGAUGUGGUGGGGACUACAUAGGUCAAACUAGCUUAACUUCCACUGGGAAGCCAAUCAAGCAGAACGACAAGCUUGACCACCGAAAAAAGUCACCAGUAUUUAGUAUUUUAAC